UUUUUCGACAGACGACGGGAAAUUAUGCGCAGCGCGGUGUUGUGGCUAUUUUUUUUAUUUAUUUUUUCGUAAAUAUGCCUGUACAUACAUACCGCAUUGUGCAUAAUUGUAAUGAAGUGCAAAUAUAAAGUGUACGCCCCGAAAGUGAUGAAUGUGCAUUUGGCUUCGGCUUUCUACUUAGAGUAACGCUAAAAGCAGCAGCAGCAGCGCCGCAUGUGUGUGUGUGUUUUGGGAAAGAGGAGAGAAGCAAGCGAACGGAACGGAACGAACGACGGCGACCAAAGGAAUAUCGCAAAAAGUUGCUGCAACAGCAACAACGUGCCUAACGGCAGCAGAGGCAGCAGCAACAAAACGUUUGUAAACUAGAGUGAGAGGCUGGAGCUGGAAAAUCAACUUGUCGUUGCGCUGGCGACACAACAACAAAAGCAACAACUAAAUAACAAACGCUCGGGCAGAAUUCACGCGUCGUCUCGCCGUCUCUUACAUUUCAUACUCUGUCACCAUCGCCAUCAUCAACGCCAUCGCACUCUUGCAUCGCUGCACAGACGAUCCGGCGUCGCUACAUCAUCAACAUUUGUGCAUCAACAACAUUUGUACAUCAACAUUGAGCUAACAUAACAUUCAGCAGUGACUGCCCAUCAUCUCAACGCUAUCAUCGCUACCAUCUAUAUCUAUUCGCCAUCAUCAUCAUCUAUCAGCACCGACUACGCCGCGAGCCGAGAAGAGGCAACUGCGCUAACUAUCGCUAAUAGUAGCAGCAGCAACAAUAACAAAGAUAUAAAAAAUGCCCAGAUGCGAUGUGAAAACUCGUUACAUUCCGGCGACAUUCGCAUGGAUUGUGCUGCUGCUGACUACAUUUCUCUUCUUCUUCUAUCCCUGUCAGUACUAUGUGAAAACGCAUCCCUGGGUGCUGGCCUACCAGGGCGUCAUCACAUUUUUCGUGAUUGCCAACUUCACGCUGGCCACGUUCAUGGAUCCGGGGAUUAUACCCAAAGCCUCAUCCGACGAAGACUGCGAGGAGGAAUUCCGCGCACCGCUCUACAAGAAUGCCGAAAUCAAUGGCAUUACGGUUAAAAUGAAGUGGUGCGUCACCUGCAGAUUCUAUCGACCGCCACGCUGUUCCCACUGCUCCGUAUGCAAUCAUUGCAUCGAGACGUUCGAUCAUCAUUGUCCGUGGGUGAACAAUUGCAUAGGUCGGCGCAAUUAUAGAUUCUUCUUCUUCUUCCUUGUCUCACUCUCCAUACACAUGCUGAGCAUAUUCUCGCUCUGCCUCUUCUACGUGCUCAAAGUGAUGCCGAACAUCAGACAGACGGCGCCGAUUGUCGCCAUGAUACUGAUGGGCCUGGUCACAGUGCUGGCGAUACCCAUUUUUGGUCUCACGGGCUUCCACAUGGUGCUGGUGUCGCGGGGUCGCACUACCAACGAACAGGUGACCGGCAAGUUCAAGGGCGGCUACAAUCCGUUCUCGCGCGGCUGCUGGCACAAUUGCUGCUACACGCAGUUCGGACCGCAGUAUCCCAGUCUACUCAAGCCAAAGAAGUACGCAUCGCGACGCUCGCAGACGCAGAACCAAGCCAUUAGCACUAUAUGCAACGAUCGGACCAAUCAACAGACUAACGCCUCAGCCGCUGGCAGCACGGCGACCGUAACGGGAGCCGGUGGUAAUGGCAACGUUGUCGCCGGCGUUGGCGUCGCUGGCAUCCGCGGCGGCACCGCUGUUCAAUAUUCGCCCCACUCCUACUACGAGUCCAAUCGGGAGAAGCGUGGAAUACAGGUAAAGACUUAUAUGGCCGAGGGCAAUGGUUAUAAUCAACGGUCGGGCAGCACAACGCUUUAUAGUAAGCUGUCGCCUGGUCGCGAGUGCUCCGACGCAGAUCUGGAGCCACCGCCUGCCUCACAGAGUCAAGACUGCGAGCCGACGCCGCCGCUGCAGCGCCACAAUUCGAGCAACUUCUAUCUGCCCCAAGUGAGCGACAACCCGAUGGUGGCCCUAAACAACGGCAACAUUGCCAGCGGCGCCGGCGGAGCUGCACAGCCCGCAGGCGGUGGCGACUCCCCGCGUCAUCUGCGCAUGUAUCAUCCCAGGCACAGUCCGCAUGCGCGGCCCAGGGGCUUGGAUCCGCAACGUGGCUAUACGAGCGAUGCGCUCUCGCCGGAUCAUGGUGGCGGCUUCGCGAGCAAUGGUCAGCCGGGCAUGGCUGUGGCACAAAGCCAGCGCAGUGGGAACACCACCACGCCCACCAUGCAGCGCAUCAAGCCUCUGGGCGUGGCCACACCGCUGGUCAUGGCCAGUCCAGUGAGAAGAUCGAAUCCGGGCACGCCCACGCAGCCACGACGCCCCGACUUCAUUGGCCUCAAUGCGCAAGCAGCACAACAACAGCAGCAGCAGCAGCAGCAACAACAACAGCAGGCGGCCGCCGCCGCAGCAGCAGCAGCAGCAGCUUACUAUGAGUACACGACCGGACUGCCGCCGCAGCAUCCACAAGCGCCAACCAUACAGCAGCAGCAGCAAAUGCUGCUACAGCAACAGCAGCGCGUCAUGUUGCAGCAUCAACAGCAACAACAGCAGCAGCAACAGCAAGCGCUGCAGCAGCAGCAACAAUCGCUGGCACAGGCUGCCUAUGGCGGCAGUCCACAGCGUCGCUUUCUCUCCGAGGGUGAGCUGGUGCGUCAGGGCGCCGGCGGCAAUGAGCUGAGCUAUGCGCGCUCCAACAACACGGUGGACAACAUACGCGAGCUGGCCGGCAGUCCGCAGCGCGGCGUUUACAUGUGGAAGGACACCUCGCCCGGCUUUGGCAGCAGCGGCGCCGGCCCGCCCAGCGUCAGCAUUGGCAGCAGUGCGGGCACACUGCCAAGCAGCGGCAACAGCGCCAAUGUCAUGCAACACGCCCAGUACAUCACAGCCGGCGGCAACGCCCAUCCCUUGAUCAUGACCCACUCGCGACUGCAGGACUACGCCAAUCAGCAGCAGCAACAGCAGCAGCAGCAACAACAGCAGCAGCAGCAGCAGUCGGCAGUGGCCGCCUCAUAUCAUCGCUCCAAUCCCACAAGUCCCACAACCAUGCCACAAACCUCUGCCGCCCAAACCUACAUUUUGCGCUACGGCGGCGGCGGCAACGUCUCGGGCAGCAGCGGCAGCAUUGCCAACGUGCCCGCCGCCAGCAACGUAGCCAUUGGCUAUCAGCCACAGCUACGCGGCGGCGUCGCCGUCUUUCCGCCCAACCCGCUGGUGCAGCCGCAGCCCUCGCCGCAGAUCAAACGCAAGCAGACGCCCACGCGACCCAUGAGCUUUGUGCGCGCCCUCGAAAUGACCGACUCGAUGGAGAUGCAGUCCAUGGAGCAGCAGCAGCAACAGCAGCAGCAGGCCGUGGCGCGCAACAAUGGCGGCCUGCCCAGCGGCAUUGUGGCCAGCAGCAUGGCCCAGCAGAGUGCGGCAGCUGCGGCUGCAGCAGCGGCGGCGGCAGUCAAUCGCAAUGCAGCCGCUGCAGCGGCAGCGGCGGCAGCCAACGCCAGCGGCACGCCCGAUCGCGCCAGCAUCUACGAUAUGAACUAUGAGAUCUCCGUAUAACCCGUGGUUGUGCCCGUUGUCAUCAUGCCACCCGCCUCAUCAAUCAGCAGCAGCAGCAACAGUAGCAGCAAUGCGGCAGCAACAGCAGCAGCAGCAUAUUAUGCACAACAGCAACAGCAGCAGCAGUUGCAACUGCAGCGCGCUAUUUUAAUGAGUGCAGCGGAGCCAGCAGCGUACGCAUCGGUGCCCGUGCUGGCCGCCAAGCAGAGCAACGGGAGCAGCACUCACAUCGGCAACAGCAACAGCAGCAACAUCAACAUCAACAGCAACAGCAGCAACAUCAAUCACAGCCAUCUGAGCAAUCUGAGCUUGAGCAAUAUUAGCAAGACGCCAAAUAAGCGAAAGUUCUCCACGUUCUUCUAAAGUUUUUCGGGCAGAAACCAACUUUUGUACAUAGAUUAAUCUAAAAACAACAU